AUACAUCUUUUAGUCAAACAUUUUAUUUGGACGGUCUUGUGCCUUCGCUGUUGCUGAGUCACCCUGUGUGUUUGCUGUGAGAAGGUCUAACAAGUCUCUUUUGUUUUUGAGAAGGUCAGGUCAGCAGUAUUGUGCCAUUUAGCACCAUAAACUGGUCUUAUUGAGCUUGAGUAGCAGCCAAGUACAGCUUAAUGACUGCUGUUAAGCAGGAAGGAGUGAGGAACCCGGAAAGGUAGGGACAGCACAGCAGCAAAAGCAGAGUGGAGUGCAGAGGAAUAAGCUUAAAUGCAUAAAUUGAUCUGGAAAUGUAAACACAGCGGGGGGCGAGAGGAUGUUGCUGCUACACGUUUUCUAUCAUCACAACUGCAUUGACAAACUUGCACACAGAAACUGUUCCAGUGUCUAAAACAUACGACUUGUGACCUGUAGCUGUCCUUUAACAACUUCUUAUCAGUCUGAAAACAAGCUGUUUUACUUCAUGAUUAGCUAACUGUCAGAUACUUCUUACGUCAAAGUUACAAAUUCACAUGUGAGCCAACACGAGGAUGACAAAGCGAUAUCUUUUUGUGACCCUUCGUCACAGGGUGGAUGCUUGUGAGCAUAAAAGAGUACAAUAAUAAUAAAAAUAAAAUAGAAAUAAGAUGCUGACUCCAUAUCAUGUAACAGGUUUCAUGUAAGGGUGCUGGCAGAAACGCUUGAUGAGUCAGCAUAUUGUAUAAGUUGGUGAAAGAUCAACAGCACUUUCUAUGAGACAUAAUAAAAGUUAUAGUACACUGUCUGCAAAGAAUCAUCAGUUAUACAGUGCUUUUAUUAGUAGCUGUGCUGGAAAUAGCAGAUUAUACUGAGUUAAGACACCGUAAAUUUUUUUUUGUAUUUUGCAAGAUUGCAAAUUUUAUGCACAAAAAAUUGCAAAACCAUUUUUGGAAUAAAAAGUUAUUGAUCAAUGAAUGCUGAGGUAAAUUUAAUUGUGGGGCAAAAGCACAAUUCUGAAGAUAUCACACAGAACGGUACACAAGUGACGUAUCUUGUUAAAUAAUCAUAAGGCCACCUCUUCUAAGGACUUCUCAUCCUUCCUGAAACUUGCAGUUCAGGGUUUAAACAUUAAUGGGCAUUGUAUAAAGGUCAUCCUCCAGCCGCAUAUCUAAACUGAAACCCUCUCUCUGAACAUGGCUGAUUUUGGAGUGAUUCUCAGGAAUAUAGGAGAGUUUGGAUUAUUUCAGAAGACCAUACUUUUUGCUCUUUGCUUUCCAAAUGUCAUUCUGCCUUUUCACUUUGCCAGUGUAUAUUUCAUUCAGUCUGAUCCAGAGCGACACUGUAAGACAGACUGGAUCCUUCAGGCUGACUCUAACCUGACCACAGAGGAGCAGCUGAACCUGACUCUGCCCCGGGAGGAGGAUGGGACCUUCAGCAGGUGUCGGAUGUUUGUCCCUGUGGACUGGGACAUUGGUGCCAUCAGGGAGUACGGACUCAAUGUGACCACAGGGUGCCAGAAUGGAUGGGUGUACUUCAACACGCUGUAUGAAGCCACCAUAGCCACUGAUUUUGAUCUAGUUUGUGACCGGGCUAAUUUGUUGGAAGUGGCACGAGCCAUGUUGAUGGCUGGCAUUCUUAUUGGUUGUCUCUUAUUUGGACCUUUUGCUGAAUCGUUUGGUCGUAAACGAGCAGCUCAGAUUCCAGCCAUUUUGAUGCUCAUAUUUAGUUUAACAACUGGAUUAUGUCCAAACGUCUAUUUAUAUUUUGCAUCCCAGUUCAUGGUGGGAAUUGGCUACGGAGGUUAUCGGCUGAACUCCGUCAUAUUGGCCACUGAGUGGACCGGAACGUCCAAAAGAUCAUGGGGAUCAUGUGUGACUCAGCUAUUUGGUGCACUUGGACAGUGCGUCCUCGCUGGUGUGAUCUACUUCAUCAGAGACUGGAGAAUGGCUCAACUAAUCGCAGCAGCUCCUCUUGCAGUUGUUGCUAUUUACAUAUGGUUUAUUCCAGAAUCAGCCAGGUGGUUGUUGGACAGAGGAAGGACAGAAGAGGCAAAACAGCUGAUUACCAAAGUGGCAGCCAUAAACAAACGCACUGUUCCAGAGUCUCUGCUGGAAAAGAUUGUUGAGAAAGAAACUGAGAAAAGGGGAGGCAUAAUAAGUCUUAUGCAAUCAUCUGUGCUUAGGAAGUAUUUCUUUACCCUAACAUUGGCAUGGUUCUCACUGAAUGUUGCCUACUUCUGCAUUUCAUUCAAUGUGGGAAAUUUUGGCUUGGACAUCUUCCUGACGCAGUUUAUGUUUGGUCUGACUGAACUACCAGCUCAUAUACUUUGCAUCUGGCUGUUAGAAGCAGUGGGGAGAAAAGUGUCACUGAUGUCAACUCUUCUGAUUGGGGGCUUCAUGUGCAUCUUAAUCAUAGCUGUUCCUAAAGGUAAUGCUGUUGCUGUUACCACAUUAGCAAUUGCAGGACGUUUUUUCUUAAACUGGGCAGGAUCCGUGUGCAAUGUGUAUGUACAGGAGCUGUUCCCAACAUCUUUUCGACAAACAGCGUCUGGUUUGGGCUCCAUUGCGAGCAGAGCUGGUGGUUUGAUGUCCCCGUUGCUCAACAUGUUGGCCGUGUACCACUGGUCCAUACCCACCAUCGUUUUCAGCAGCCUUACACUGAUCAGUGGAGCUCUGAGCUUCGUGCUUCCUGAGACCAGGAGAAAAGACCUUCCCGAUUCAACCGAAGAGGCCGAGGGCAACAGAAACAAGACAAGCCUGAAGAACCAAAGUGAAUUAAACAAGCCUGCACAAAGCAAAUCUACCAAACUGUAGUCUGAAUACUUCAAUUACUUAACGUUCGUUGUUGCUCUGUUAGCAGCAGAGACUCAGGAUAGUAAAUGUUUAUUGGUCAGCUGGUCUGUCGGUCCACUUUGGUCCACCGUCAUCACACAUUGUUGUAGAUAUUCAUGUUUUGGUGCCUCCAUUUUGUACACAAGAAAUAUCAAAUUGUGAUUGGAAGAUUGGCAUGAAACUUACUGAGUACUUUCAAGCUUUACAUUUUGGAUACUCCAUUGGUUUUCUUGUUGUGCCACCUACAUGCCAAAUUUAAACACACAAGAUAUCUCAAAUCUUAAGAGCUGAUAGCUGUGGAAGUUACUGACAAGGUAACAAACCCUUUUAUUUUUAAUGAAAUGAUGUCUUUACCUCUUGUGCCAGACUCAGGACAAAGUAGCAUGUUUCUUAAAAUAUUUGCUGUUUUCUGAGAUCAACUUUCUACUGAAAUACGAUUGCAGAAGCUGUCAAUAAAAAGUCUUCACACUGAU